ACCAUACAUCACUCUUCCCUCACUUACUCAUCAACAAUGCUCCUCACGGACCUCCUUCUCUUCGCCCUCACCCUGCUCUUCCUCCGUUGGUGGUGGCGCCGCUGGUCCACCACCGGGGGCGGCCCCAAGAACCUCCCCCCAGGGCCACCCGGUUGGCCCAUCGUCGGGAACCUCUUCCAAGUCGCCCUGCAGCGCCGUCACUUCAUCUACGUAGUCCGCGACUUACGUAAGAAGUACGGCCCAAUCUUCACCAUGCAGAUGGGCCAGCGCACGUUGAUCAUCGUCUCCAGCCCGGACCUCAUCCACGAGGCUCUCAUCCAGCGCGGCCCACAGUUCGCCAGCCGGCCCCAGGACUCCCCCAUCCGUCUUAUCUUCAGCAUGGGGAAGUGCGCCAUCAACUCCGCCGAGUACGGCCCUCUCUGGCGCACCCUCAGGAAGAACUUCGUCACCGAGAUGAUCACCCCUCUGAGGAUCAAGCAGUGCAGUUGGAUAAGAAAAUGGGCCAUGGAGGCCCACAUGAGUAGGAUCCAACGGGAGGCCCGUGAGCAAGGUUUUGUUGAAGUCAUGAGCAACUGCAGACUCACCAUCUGCAGCAUACUCAUCUGCCUCUGCUUCGGCGCCAAGAUAGAGGAGAGCCGAAUCAAGAGCAUAGAAAGCAUCUUGAAGGACGUCAUGCUCAUCACGCUCCCCAAGCUUCCAGACUUUUUGCCCGUGUUCACGCCGUUGUUCCGGCGCCAGGUGAAGGAGGCCAGGGAGUUGAGGAAAAGACAGGUCGAACUGUUGGCGCCGUUGAUAAGGAAUAGAAAGGCCUACGUGGAGGGGAGAUUCUCCGGAAAUGAAAUGGCGAGUCCCGUCGGGGCUGCUUACGUGGACUCGUUGUUCGGGUUGGAGGUGCCUGGACGUGGACAGUUGGGGGAGGAAGAGCUCGUGACGCUCGUGUCGGAGGUUAUCAGCGCCGGAACGGACACGAGUGCCACCGCGGUGGAGUGGGCGCUGUUUCAUUUGGUGACGGAUCAGGAGAUUCAGGAGAGGUUGUACAAAGAGAUUGUGGAGUGUGUGGGGAAGGACGGGGUGGUUACGGAGAGUCACGUUGAGAGGAUGCCUUACCUGAGCGCCGUGGUGAAGGAGACUUUCCGGCGUCACCCGCCGAGCCACUUCGUGCUGUCCCACGCUGCAACGGAGGAUACUAAGCUGGGAGGGUAUACGGUCCCGAAGAACGCGAGUGUGGAGUUUUACACGGCCUGGUUGACGGAGGAUCCGAAUAUGUGGGAGGAUCCGAAUGAGUUCCGACCCGAAAGGUUUUUGAGCGGGGAUGGGGUCGACGUGGACGUGACCGGAACGAAAGGUGUGCGGAUGAUGCCCUUCGGGAUAGGGAGGAGGAUUUGUCCGGCGUGGAGUUUAGGCAUGUUGCAUAUAAACUUGUUAUUGGCUAAGAUGGUGCAGGCUUUCCACUGGUUGCCCAAUCCCAACGCCCCACCCGACCCGGCUGAGAUAUUCGCUUUCACUGUUGUCAUGAAGAACCCUCUCAAGGCUGUUAUCGUUCCACGAUCCAUUUAAUUUAAGCAAUGCACGUAACGUAUUUCAUUUUGUUACUCAUUUAAUAUAAUAUAAUAUAUGGUGCUUCUUUAAUAUAUAUAUAAAUAUAGAUAGUUUCUGGCGUAAAAUAUUACAGUAUUUUGUUGUAAAGGAGCAUAUCUCCUUCCGAUGUGUGUGUCCUGCCUUAUAAGUGUAUCCAAUUUUUAUGCUGCAAUUCGUCAAAGGGUUAUUUAA